ACGCCACGGGGUAUUUCUCUUGGGGCCCAGCCCUGUGGCAAUGGCGAUGGUGAUGGCAAUGAGUCAUGAGAUAUGCGAACCCACGGCUCCUGACCAAGCCGAGCCUUUUGGCCAACAGGCUUGGCGUCAGGCAGUGCGUCACGGAGGACUGGAAUGCAGCGGUGAUCGCUUGUGGCAAAGCUUCUGAGUGGCAGAAGGCCUUGCACAUCCUUUCCUGGUCCCGGCGCCAAAAUCUCCAAGUCCGAGCUCCUUGGAACCCGGCCAUUUCCGCAUGCGCUCGUGCCGUACAAUGGCAGCGCGCUGAGCUGUUGCUGCGCAGCAUGCAACAUCGCGGGCCUCAGCCCACGCUGAUCACCUUCGGAGCGGUCCUAGAUGCACACGCCAAGGGAGCUGUCUGGCACCGGGCCAUCGCCCUGCUGAAGCUGUUGCGAAGAAAACGACAACUGGACGCGGUGGCAGUGACUGCAGUGAUCCAGGCCUGUGGAAAUGUGGAGAAGUGGCAAGAAGCCUUGGCACUUUUCAGUGCAAAGCUGGUGCCAGGUGAUCAUGUGAUGCUGGGCGCCACUGCUGCAGCUUGCCGUGGCAUGUGGGAGGCCUCCCUGGGGUUCCUAGAAAUUGGGUGGAGGUCUCGACUUGUGACCGGCAAACCGCUCUAUGGCACUUGCCUCACGGCCAUGGCAUCAGCGGCGAGGUGGAAGCAGGCCCUGGCCAUCUUUGAGAUGAUGGAGGAGCAAAGUCUCACCAAUGAAACAGCCUUGGCAGCUACAGGCCACGCAAUGUCUUCAGCCAGUCUCUGGAGAGAGGCCUUGGAGCUGUUGGGCCAGCUGGAUGCUGCACAGCCAGCGCUGUGGGGUACCGCUGUAAAUGCGGCCUCGCGGGGAUAUCACUGGACGAAGGCCUUGGAUUUGCUUGAGAGGCAGCAAAGCUUGCUCCAAGUGGUGAAAGUUGACCUCUCUUUAGUGCUGCCAUGUCCUCCUGCGUGCGUGCCUCCCGCUGGCCCUUGGCGCUCUCGCCACUUGCUGAUGCCGGUGCCGCGGCUGAAUGGCGACACCAAAUGCGCUUUGUGGUCUGCAUUGGCUGCGUGCCAACAUGCUGCGCUGUGGGAGCAGGCUUUGCAUUUGAUUCGCGAGGCGGGAGAUUCCCAGCAUGCGAUGCUAGCGCCUUUGGGCGCCCUGGAUCCUUCCCCCAACGCUGUGUGCUUUGGGGCGGGGCUCCAAGCCUGCCGCACCACCGGCCAAAGUUGGGACAGCAACAUUCGCAGUGGCUUCUUCUCGCAGACACUUUCCGAGGAUUUUUCUGACUAUGGGGAGGCUGUUGUGAAAUUGAGGGAUGGAUCAAGAGAGAUGUUGGUCAUUUUGAUGAUUGAAGCUUUACUUUGA